AUGCCAGCAACUAUACAACCACUCACUCCCCCAGCGGGAUCAAACAUUAACUUCGGCGCUGUCAUUAACAACAUCGAUCUUGAGAAUCUAACAGACGAAACCUUCUCCACAAUCCACUCUGCCCUUUACAAUCACCAAGUAGUAAUCUUCAAAAACCAACACCACCUCUCCCCGAAAGCCCAAUACCUCCUCACCCAACGCUUCGACCCUUCAUCCACCCAAUACGGACACGGCAAAACAAUUGACGCAAAGCGGAGUAUCCUGCACCCAGACCUGAAGACCGUGCCACAUCAACCCCAAGUUCAAAUCAUUGGUCAUGGCUUCAUCGACUCCUACGAAGGGCUAUCCAAUUUCCAGUUGAAACACCCACAUCACAAGACUUUCCACCGCGAUGCGAUUCCUCCGGAAGAAGAUUAUGAUUUCACCCGGUUUUAUAGAUGGCAUAUUGACGCUGCGCUAUAUGAGUACUAUCCACCAAAGGUGACGACGUUGCUUGCCGUUAAGGUACCGAAGGGUCGACGACAGACGCUGCGGUAUGAUGAUGGCUCGGAUGAGACGUUGGAUGUGCCUCUCGGCACGACGGCCUUUGUCAAUGGAGAACGCAUGUUUGAGAUGUUAUCCGCUGAGGAUAAGGAGUUUGUGUUAGGGAGUAAAGUUGAAUAUGCGCCUCACCCAUACAUCUGGAUGAGUCCCGCCCACUCCCGUCCUACAGGACUAGGCCUCUGCUCCGAAGGCCUCGAACUACCCGAAUCCGAGCUCCCGCCCAUCGACCAAUCAAAGAUCAUGAUCCUACCCAUGGUCUGGAAGAACCCUGUGACAGGAAAGCCAGCGCUCCAGAUCCACCCCUCGGCUGUACGGAAGAUCCACCAGAAAGAUGGAUCCGUUAUCGAUGAUCUAGCCCGUGUGCGGGAGGUUGUCUACCGGUUGCAGCGGCCGGCUAUCAGCCCGAAGCAUGUCUAUGCGCAUGAUUGGGAAGAGGGUGACCUAGUUUUGUUCCAUAACCGGGGUGUGUUGCAUUCAGUGGUGGGGGCGUUUGGGGAUGAUGAGGUGAGACUGUUUAGACAGUGUAAUCUAGCGGCGGGAGAGGCUCCGGUUGGGAUGAGUGAUUAA